AAAAAGGAAAACAAGAAAAAAAAAAGACGAAAGUAGAAAAAAAGAAAAGGAUAGAAAAUGGAAAAAAGAAAAUGAAAAGAAAAGAAAAAAAAGAAGCAGGAAAAGAAGAAAAGAAAAAAACAGGAAAGAAUAAAAGAAUUAAGCGGACAAAGAAGAAAACCUCUCCAAAAAAAGAAAGAUAA